AAUUUUGCUUGGCAAUGUGCUGCAUAUAGUAUUGUGUUGUGUUUUAUGAUACAUUAUUAUUAAUAGCACACAGAGCGUUAUUCCCAAUCCCCUGCCUUUGCUCCCUCGCUACAAUAACACCGUUGUAGUCACGCUCAGUCUCCCCAACAGCUGCAGGGAAUUUUUUCCAUUCUGUUUUUCCCCCUCUCUAUCAGCGUGUCCCGCCUUCACCGUCACAGUAGCAGAGGAAAUGUCCGACGCAACGCAGCAGCUGGCUGGCAGCGCCGCCGCCACGGGUGACAACAAACCCUUCGCGGCCCAGUUGUCCAACGUCUACCUCAGCAUCUUGGCGCUGUUCUGCUUCAAGCUCUUCGUCAAGAUCUCCCUCAACCUGCUCACCUACUUCUACAUCGUCCGCGGCAACCGCAAGGAGGCGGCCAGGAUAUCGGCCGAGUUUUACGACUACACCCAGCAGCGCGGUUCCUGGACGGACCGAUCGCCGCUCCACGACGCCGCCAGUCAGGGUCGCCUCCUUGCCCUCAGGACUCUCAUUGUGCAGGGCCACAACGUAAACAGCGUGACCCUCGACCAGGUGACUCCUCUCCACGAAGCCUGCCUCGGAGACCACCCACCCUGCGCCAGAGCCCUCGUCGACGCCGGCGCCGACGUCAACGCCUCAACGGUUGACGGCGCCACGCCCCUGCUGAACGCUUGCGCGGUGGGCAGCGUGGCAUGCACCGAAGUCCUGCUGGAAAAUGGCGCCAGAGCUCAGAGCCUCGCGCACCAACCGUCACCCAUCCACGAGGCCACCAGCAGAGGUCAUUCCGGUUGCGUGGAGGUUCUGCUGACAUGGGGUGCGGAUGUGGACAUGGACGUCCCUCACUUUGGCACGCCGCUCUACACGGCCUGCGCCUGUCAGGAGUUGGAAUGCGCCAGGAAGCUCCUGAGGGAAGGCGCUAACGUCCACAAAGGCAAAUCCCUGGAGUCGCCUUUGCACGCGGCGGCAGAGAAAGACUGCACAGCGGUGGUGAAGCUGCUGCUGGACUUUGGCGCCGACAUCAACGCCCGGAACGGCGAGUGUCGGAGGCCGGUGGACGUGGCCCCGCCCGGCACCUUGACGGAAGGCUUCCUGCUCCUCUACGAAGCCACACCGCGACUGCUGAGUCAGCUGUGUCGCCAGUGUAUCAGGAAGUGCGUCGGCCGGGACCGACUGCACCUGCUGAGCCACCUGCCCCUGCCUGGCCGGAUCAGGAACUUCCUGCAGUACCAGUGACAAUGGCCGCCUGGCAAAAGUGACUUUUUAAUUGCUUUUAUACAAAUAGCCACCCAAGUUCAAUCUUUUGUCAGCUGCCUGUUUUCCAUAAUGUUCCCAUGGAUGGCUGGUGGUUCAGGGGAUAGCCUCUAUAAAUAUCUGGAAGAAAAUGCACUUUGAAAACAUGUUAUUGUAUUUUUCUGAAUUCUAUUUUUGCAUUGUAGACUGUUACAAACUCAAUAAAAUCCUUUAUUUUAUAUUAGCCGUCUAUUGUGAUGGGGCCUCAUGCGUCUAACUGGACUGGUUUUCAACCAAUUCCUUAAAAGUAACAAUUUUUGAGUGAAGAAAUCGUUUCAACGCACACUGAUUUUUUUUUCUAUCGUAUGCACAUGUCUGACGUUUGUAACAAAAUAAACCGCUUAAAAAUUCA